GCACACAUAAUUGUUCAAAAAAUGGAGGAAAAAAUAGAUAAUUUAAAACAUAAAACGAGCGAAAAGAAAAAAAUAACUAUAACUGUAGAUGAAGAUGAUCCUUGUCUCAAAAAGAAGGAUGAGAUUCAUGAGGAAGAGGAACAGAAAGGGUACAAGUUUCCUCCUGGUAAUGAUCCAAGAUUUCAGCAAACAAACCAGACACAGAGAUGCUUUGUGAUGUAUACAGACUUCUAUCGCUGUAAACAUAUUUUAGGUGAAGGUUCUGAAGCGUGCACAUGGUUUAAAGAUGUCUUCACGUCCAUAUGUCCGAGAGCCUGGGUGGAACAAUGGGACGAACUUAGACUUUCGGGCAGAUUACCUUGGCAUAAAUACAGAACUCAGGGCACUUUCCCCGGCAGCAAAUACGGCGAAUAGAAAGAAAAAGAAUUAUUUUUCUCUCUCUCCCUCUUAAGAGUAAAAUUAAAGUUUUGUAAUAUUUGAAGUGAAACAAUUACGAGUUGAAUAAACGUUGAUUAUUACG